GAUACCCCAGCCCAAGUGAACUCAGCAGCACAACCGAACCCAAACAAGAAACAGAAGAAAGUAAAAGGAGAGACAGGAAAAGAAAGAAGAGAAAUUAAUAAUUUGUGUGAAGAAAUCAGGUCGUCGUUUGAUUUUCACUCUUCGCAAAAAUGAACGGCGGCCCAUCUGGUUUCACUAAUGCACCAGUGACGAGAAUUUUGGUGAUCGCAUGUGUCCUUUUCACUAUUAUAUUUGGGAUCCAGGGCCGUUCUAAUAAGCUUGGAUGGUCCUAUGAGGAUAUAUUCAAAAAAUUUCAGAUUUGGAAGCUGAUACUGUCCAUUUUUGCUUUUGCGUCUACACCAGAACUCAUCUUUGGAACAUAUCUGCUUUAUUACUUUCGUAUAUUUGAGAGGCAAAUCGGUUCUAAUAAGUACUCUGUGUUUAUCUUGUUCUCUACAAUCGUCUCUUUACUGCUUGAGGUCAUUGCAAUGAAAAUUGUUAAAGAUUCUUCCUUGAAGGCUCUCACAUCGGGUCCCUAUGGUCUUAUAUUUGCUUCCUUUGUUCCUUUCUAUCUUGACAUACCUGUCUCGACUCGUUACCGUGUAUUUAGCCUUCACUUCUCCGACAAGACAUUUAUAUAUGUAGCUGGUCUUCAGCUUCUUUUCUCAUCAUGGAAAAGAUCUCUGUUGCCGGGGAUCUGUGGCAUUCUUGCUGGUUCCUUGUAUCGUUUGAAUAUUCUCCGCAUACGCAGUAUGAAGUUUCCAGAAUUUAUCGCUUCCUUCUUCUCUCGACUUUCAUGGCCAUCUUCGGGGAAUAUACCACCUGCUGCACCAGCUAGGAAUACUGUGGGAAGUAUGCCGUCCUAUGCAGGUCGCCAAGUGGAGGGAAACAAUCCUGCUCCUGUCCGUUCCACCGUGGACCCCCCAGAGGAUUCUAUUUCUACCCUUGUUUCAAUGGGUUUUGACAGAAACUCUGCCAGGCAAGCUCUCAUCCGCGCUAGAAAUGAUGUUAAUGCAGCUACCAACAUCCUUCUUGAGUCGCAAGCGCGCUGAGAAUGGCAGAUUUCCAGCAUUCAAGAAAUGCAAGCUGGAUCUUGAUUCAAAGGCUAAAUUGCGACAAAUGCAAGAGGCAGUCAGCCUGCAAAAUAGCAACCAUUUUGUGACUCAAUGGUAUUGCAAAUUCCCAUAAUCCGACCCUUCUUGAUUUUCUUUGGGGAUUUGAUUUGCCUCCAUAGGUUGUCAUAUUACUGCUUAGUUUGAGGGCAACUAUCUCUGGUCACUUUAAGGUGGAAACUCUAGGAUUGUCUAAACAUGAAUGUGUAGAAAAUUCUUGUAGGCAAGCUGUUAAUAUAGUGUUUUACAUCUUCAGGUGUCUGCAAAUAUAUGACCUUUCUGAUGAAGCUAAUUUUACCAUCUGAAUGAACAUCAUUGCUACUGAGACAUCUGUGACUACUUUUACUA